UCAUUUAUCUUAAUUACCUUCACUUGAUUUCAUCGGAGGACCAACUAUAAUUCUGAAUUUAGAAAGUGAACCAAUGAAAACAUUUUAUUGACCCAUACAAAUAGCCGAAGAGGAGGGAUUUAACAAUGAGCGUGUUUGGAACCAAUGGGAUUACAGGAUAUAAUUAAAAUUCUGUCACGGAUUCAAUCGUUUCCUAAUUUGAGGAAUAAUACACAAAGUAAUUUAAGAAUGAUAUAUACGUUAUUCACCCCACUCCUUUCAAUUUAAUAUACCUUGGAAGAUCAAAACAUAUUCCUAUUGACAUUGGACAUUUUCAUAUACACCUAGCGAUACAUACACAUUAUAGUUGAGUGUUUACUCUUGGGACUAAACAGAAGUAACUUUAAAAAUCGGACUGAGGCAUAAUUCCGCCAUGUCGAUGCAACGCCCAGGUAUUGGGUCGUUUUCAAUUGAUUCUCUAAUGGCACCAACUGCAGUGGCAUCCCGGUAUGGACCUUUGUUUUGCAAUUCUGGAUAUUUUUUCAUGCCCCCUACAACAGGAAUAACAGGAUUUCCACCUUCUAGUCAAGCUUCAGAUUCUACAUUUAAUUAUCAAAACUUUACAACAGAACAACUUCUUGCAGCCAGAGCACAACAAUUCACAUUAGGACAUUUUCCUAAUCCGUAUGGUCUUCCAAACGUAAACCCUAUGGCUCCAUUUGCAGGAUUAAAUUUUAAAUCAAAACUUUCUCCAGGAGCACAUGAGAAGCAAUCAUCACCAUCAUUGAAAUCGUCUGCUGAUGAGCACGCGGAGUUAAGAACAGACUCACGAGAUGCAUUUGACAGGUGUUCGCCGUUAAGCACAGACAGUUGCAGUAAUAACAGAUCGUUGAAACCAAGAGACUCUGAUUGUGAAAUUAACGAAGAUUCUUGCGAAGAGAAAGAUAUCGAUAUAGACUGUGAUGAUCUCAACGAUUCUUCUUCUGACCUCAAAUCUUUUAAAAACUCUUCAACCGGAAACGAUGCCGGUAGUGUAAAGUCAAGACGAAGACGAACGGCUUUUACGAGUGAACAAUUGCUAGAGCUUGAAAAGGAGUUUCACAGUAAAAAGUACCUAUCGCUUACCGAAAGAUCACAUAUAGCACAUAAUCUUAAACUAAGUGAGGUUCAAGUGAAAAUAUGGUUUCAAAAUAGACGCGCCAAAUGGAAGAGAGUAAAAGCUGGAAUGGUUCAUGGCAGAACAGGAAGUGACAUGUCUAAUAAACCGAAAAUUGUUGUCCCAAUUCCCGUGCAUGUUAACAGACUAGCUAUCCGAAGUCAACAUCAGCAGUUUGAAAAGACAUUAAAACAGACAUCACCCAGUUAGAUGGCUAGUCGUUGAACUAAGAUCAGUUUCUUAUUUUGUGUUGGCAUGUCUGUUUAGAUAAUGGUUGCCGUUCGCCGGCAAAUUUACAUUUUACUCAGAACUCUAGGACAAAGAUUUGAACUUCACCCGGUUUGUUAAAAACAGAACAUGUUUUACUAGAAGACAUCAUAAACUUUCAGUGCGAGCUUUUUGAUUAAAAAGAUCUUAUCCCGUAUUUGUGUACAUAUUAAAUAACCCGUUACUUUCCAAAUGAUGCUGUUGUUUAAUGUAUUUCACACUUAUGGAAUGAUUAUUAAAAUAUAUGUGUAAGGUUUUCAUUUGAUAUUUAGUAAGAGAGAUUUCAAUUUUUUUUAACCUAGUCGGUUUAGUAACUUCUACUUGUUAUUUGAUACUAAACACGGUAUAUCUAUGGAAGUAUUGGACUGUUUGAUAAGCAUACAUCGACAUGAUGUCAAAGUUAUAUAAUAUAAAUAGAUAUAUGAUGACGAGUCUAUCAGCUCUCAACAUUUAUCUCGUCUGGUUAGCUCGAGGACUGAAUCUUAACUACCAAUGCACAAGGAAUAUAACUAAACUAUAACUAUAACGUAACAAACAAUGACUCUCUCUAUCCAAAAGAAUGAAAUGUAUAUUUAAAUUAAUGUUGAUUAUAGGUUACCAACGGCCGUUUGAAAACAAA